AUGGCAUCCGUCACCCCUCGCGCCUCUGGUUUUUGGGCAGACUCGACGAGGAUGAGUUACUUCAAUUCCGAAACUGACCUCGACAGCGCAGACAUCGAGGGUACUGCAGCAUGCGAGGGCGACGAGUAUGACGAUGGCAGAACACCGCUAGACAGAACUAUUGAUCGCAUUGGCAUGGGCUGGCUGGCCGACAAUAUGUGGAUCCAAGCAGUUGCAAUAAUUUUACCUAGAGUACAGCAACAUUAUUCAAUUUCAGACAAUUACAUCGGGCUGUUGUCUUCCUCUAUGUUUGCAGGCAUGAUGUUUGGUGCCGUGGGAUGGGGUACCUGCUCUGACCUGAUGGGUCGAAGCACAGCUUUCAAUGCGACAUUAUUUUUCACGUCGCUAUUUGGCAUUUUGUCUUCUUUCGCAAGAUCAUACUGGCUACUCUGUGUCUUGCUCUUUUUCCUCGGGAGUGCUGUCGGAGGUUCUAUGCCUACAGAUGGCACACUCCUCCUCGAACACAUGCCGAAAGGCAAACAAUAUUUAGUGACUGCUCUAUCCGUAUUCUUCUCCUUUGGCUCAGUAUUAGCAGCAGUAGUGGGUCUGCUCGUUGUCCCUCAGAACUCUUGCAAGCCUGGCGUGCCAUGCGACGUGGAGGUAGACAACCGCGGUUGGCAAUACAUGCUCGUCUCAUUGGGCAUUAUUACGCUCUCCAUGUUCCUUGCACGUAUGGUCUUUUUCCGCCUUCACGAAUCUCCUCGGUAUCUCGUUCAUGCAGGACGACACCAAGAAGCCCUGGAAUCUCUGCAAAUGAUAUCUCGCUUCAACGGCUCCGAGAUUCCUCUCGACUUAGAUGACGUCAAUGACCAUCAUCCCACAUCCGCGAUCCCGAAGACAGGCACAGGCGAGAACGAGCCGUUCCUUUCUCAGCAGGUCAACAGCGACUAUGCUCCCCGCAAUAGUCACAACGCCCCCCCUGCUACUGACGGCACUGUCCUGUUCGACGCGCAGGGCGAGCUCCCAACUCAAGGGAGUAGCGACUUCCUCCGAAACGAGGAGGGUGGAAUGACGGACUACCGCGCUACGGGUGAAUCGCCUACCUCUCUCGAUGCGCACUUGUUCAAGACGCCGAUCGAGGAGGUGCCAUCGAGCAGCUUGGCACGCGGGGAUGGGCAGGCGUCGCGUCCUGCAUUGGCCGUCCAUGUCCAGACCGACCGGAACGGGGAUUCUACGCCAUCCGACAAGGACUCGGAUAGUGGCCGCUCGCCGAGAUCUCACGCUCGUCCUCUGCGUCGGCACUCACGACAACGAUCCAGUAGUGUGGCUAUGUCUCGUGCUUCGUCGAUGUACGAAGUGAAACGAUGUGUAGGAGGGGUGCUUCCGCGAUGGAUCCGACGCCCUCUGCUUGCAUGGCUUGAUAGGUUGGCAAUGGUGCUCUCCCCUGAGUGGUUGCGUACGACUGUGUUGGUAUGGGCUGUUUGGUGUUUUAUGUCACUAGCAUAUACGAUGUUCAAUGUGUACUUCCCAAAACUGCUCGAGACUGCUUCGAGCAUAUCAGAUGCAGAUGCAUCACCGAAAACCUUGGAAGAAAAUCUAUGGGAUGUUGUAAUUUUCACAAUAGGCGGAUGCCCAGGCGCUAUCCUUGGAGCGUACUUAGUCGAAACACCAUUUGGCCGACGUGGGUCUCUCGCGUUGACUACGUUUAUCACCGCCCUGUUCUGCAUGGCAUUUGUACUUUCCCGAGGACCCUUUGCUGUACGAGUAAGUUCUGUGGGAAUAAGCUUGAGCUCGACGACGAUGUAUGCCGUGCUAUAUGGUUGGACACCGGAGAUAUUCGGCACGAAAGUUCGAGGAACAGCUUGUGGUAUCGCAUCUGCCCUCUCUAGAAUUGGUGGUAUGAUUGCUCCCAUGCUGGGUGGUUCCUUACUCGUCAUCAAUAGAGCCUUUCCGGUGUACACGAGUGUUGUGGUGUACCUGGUUGCAGUCGUGUGUAUACUUCUUUUAAAGGAGAAUGAGGGAGCUAGUGGGGUGAGGACGUUUGUGCAUUGAUUUCAUUAUGUUUUGUUUCUCCGACAUCUGAAAGGGCAGAGUUGGGGGAAGGAGUAGACUGACGAUAAAGUUCACAAAUCUUGGCAUUGGGCCUGUAGUAGGCUCUCUCUCGCACUGACCGUAUCAUAUCGCAUUGGAGCAUUAUACUACAUACUGUCUCACAGAGAAAAAGAUCAAAAAAUAACAUUGUUCUUGUAUUUCUUUGUUACUUAGUUCACUACGUAGUAUACGUGUACGCAUAUCCAUAUAAUUGUAGGCCUUUUUUUAUGCUGCGCAGAAUAUAGCAUUUGGUUAUACGUCUUUGGAGAUGGUAGGACUUAGCACUGAGCAGUGAUGGCUUGGCGUGCCCUACGAGUAGUCGAAACACCCGAAUAGUGAUGAACCCGAGGAGAACACGAUGGAUUGAAGCCUCGUGUCGGUAUAAUCGGAUCAAGCUGAGUGAUACGACACGACAACAAGGAGAGCGGAUGCUCGCAUAUGCCGAUGGCAUGAUGGUGAUGACUUGGACCAAGUGCGAUUACAUAGGAGGCUUGACAAUUCCCCGAGAGAUUUUGUAGUACACGAUGGAUGCAUCUUCAGACGUCAUCGCGAGGAAUAUCUCGCUUGCUGGCUUGUCAUCGCUGAGCUUGUCGAGGUGCGUGAAUGCGGCUUGGAGCC